CUAAUAAUAAAGCGCGGAGCGCUUCUGUCGUCCUUCGCGUCCGUCGUGGCAUUUUUGCAAAAACACCCCUCACUUUUCCGGUAUUCAACCCGCAGUACAUUUCUAAGUUAAAAACGUUUCAGAUUUACAUAACCCCCCUCCCUGGCUUAUCCAUUCCCGUCGCAGGGGCCUUCUCGCCGCUUCCCACCGGCGAGCUCCCCACCGGCACCUUCGGGCUGACCGGCAUCGGCGCGUAGGAGGCGGUGGUCCUCGAGAUCGUCAUGACCUUCGGGCUGGUGUACACGGUGUACGCCAUCGCCGUGGACCCGAAGAAGGGCAGCCUGGGCACCAUCACGCCCAUCGCCAUCGGCUUCAUCGUCAGCGCCAACAUCCUGGUCGACGACGCCUUCUUCGGCGCGUCCACGAACCCCGUCGUCUCCUUCGGCCCCGCCCUCGUUAGCUGGGAGUGGCGGUGGAGGAGAUCCUCACCGACGGGGGUCACCGGCGUCGAGAUCGACUCUGCCUCUAAUCGGGUCAACGCGACGGCCGGGGGCGGAGCUGCGACGGCGGCUGGAGUUUGCAGGGGAUGAAUUCGUACGCGCCAGGGUCUGGAUACGGGAUGAGCUUGGGGCUCCUCGCAGGGUACCUGUGGAAGCUUCACCACUGGAGCAACCAGCGCCGCACCCGCGAGUUCUACAGCCUGCUCGACGAGGGCAGGAUCACCGUCGUCGUCGACGAGCCGGCCGGAGCCAAGGACUAGCACUAUCCAUAGUUUCAUCAAACCUACUAGCAGAGGUAUUUUCACAUCAGUAGGACAGCAGCGGUUUGGUUUGCUUUGUUUGGCUAUGUAGCUAGCUCAGCUCUGUUCUCUUCCUCCUCGUGUCACUCUGGAAUAUGUACUGCGGCUCUGCUGUCUGCCCUUGUCUCGUUCCCGGUCGAAGGGAAUAAACUGACGCGUGUGAUUAA